UUAAAUGAGGCGAAAAUGAAUUAUUUUGGAUUAUAAUUGAAAACAAAGACUACUCCAGUAAAUUAUCAUAAAUAAAACCCCAAUCCAAUUCCAAACCCCCCUCCGGCGUCUUCGUCCGUCUGCCGUGCAGUUAUCUUCUUCAUUUUCCUCAAGCCUCGUUUUCGUGUCCCCCAGAUUUUGCCUUCUUCGUCCCCUUAGAGCGGCUGAACAGGUUGGAGCUCGAUUCGGACAGAAACACGCAUAUACGUGUUCGUCGGUAUUGGGAGCCAUAUCCGUCCGCCGUCGUUGCGAUUCCAACUGAAUUACAUCAAUAUUUCUGGACGAAUCCCUGUUCCGAGGUCUUGUUUCUCUUAGACCUCGCAAGCAGCAGCAGCAGCAGGCAACGGCGCAGGGCCACGAAGAUGAAGCUUACUUCUCCUUUUCUCAACUCCUAUUAUGCGGCUUUUCCUGUCCGGUCCUUAACCGUAGCUCCCAGAAACUUCUCUCCUCUUUUCAUUUGUAGGAAGACAAUUCCCAGAAUUCCUUCAAAAUCCUCAGGAUUAAUUCUUCCAUGUCGAAAGGUUUUGUCACGCAGUUCUCCUCUUGCAGUAGGAGUUGGUCAUUCGGAAGCUUCAACAAAUGAAUCUGUGCAAGACCAUGUGUCCUCUGGAGCUGUUACAGAAAAUACUGAAAAUAGUGAUGCAUCUAGCGAACAAUUGGAUGAUCACAAAAUGAUUCGGAUUUGUGACAAACUAAUUCAGGUCUUUAUGAUUGAUAAGCCCACACCAACUGAUUGGAGAAGGCUGUUAACGUUUAGCAAGGAGUGGGACAAUAUUCGUCCACACUUCUACGAUCGAUGCCAAACUCGUGCAGAGAGUGAGAGUGAUCCUGAAAUGAAGCACAGGCUACAUCGGCUAGCGAGGAAGCUGAAGGAGAUAGAUGAAGAUGUCCAGAGGCACAAUGAGCUUCUUGAUAUGCUCAGAAGUUCGCCAUCUGAGAUGGCUGAAAUUGUAGCAAAGCGCCGAAAAGACUUCACAAAAGAAUUUUUUGUUCAUCUUCACACUGUAGCAGAAUCAUACUAUGACAAUCCUGAAGAACAAGCCGCUGUGGCGAAUCUUGGGAAUACAUGCUUAGCUGCCAUAGAAGCACAUGACAAUGCAACCGAAAGUUUGGAAGCGCUGAAUGCCGCAGAGUUGAAAUUUCAAGAUAUAAUCAAUUCUCCUUCAGUAGAAGCUGCUUGCCGGAAAAUUGAUAAUCUGGCAGAGAAGAAUCAACUCGAUUCGGCUCUUGUUCUCAUGCUUACAAAAGCCUGGUCUGCUGCAAAAGAAACAGACAUGGUGAAAGAUGAAGCGAAAGAUGUUCUAUACCAUUUAUACAAAACAGCUUCCGGUAAUCUUCAGAGGCUUAUGCCUAAAGAAAUUCGGAUACUGAAGUAUCUGCUUACAAUCGAAGAUCCAGAACAGUGUAUGAGUGCUCUGAAUGAUGCUUUUACACCAGGAGAAGAAAUCGAAGGGAAGGAUUUCGACUCCCUUUACACGACUCCCGAGCGCCUUUAUAACUGGAUCGGGAUCGUCGUUGACGCCUACCAUUCGAGCAGAGAGGGGACUCUGCUUAAAGAAGCGAGGGAUCUAAUGAAUCCCAAAAUCAUCCCCAAAAUGGAAAGGCUUAAAAAGACCAUCCGAGAUAAGUUCAUGUGAGCCUUCUUCCUCCAUGUUUAUACCUUCCGAGUUUUCUGAGUUCCACAGUCCUAUCAAUGGCGUGCCUGUUUAUGAAGUACUCACUCUACAGUCUACCAUUGGAAGAUUUUGUUAUAGUUUUGCUCUGAUCCUGGUUUUGAUCUACUAAAUAUAUAUGGGAUGUCUUUUAUAUAAAUUUUAUUGUAUAAUGUAUAGUAUGUAUUGUAUUAAUAAUAUGAGUUUCAACAUAUCCUAAA